CGAAUGGUGGUGAUUGGGUCUGGCUUUUGUGGCCGGGAUCGUUUAAUAAAGCUGCCGUGCGGUGUGCUCACUCUCCAUUAGUUUCCUUCCCUUGCCGAGUAGUCAAUCGCCUUCUGCUCAUAAUUUCAUAAAUUAAAAUGAGUACCAACAAGAAGAAGACUAGAAAGUUGAGGGGACACGUUUCCCAUGGUCAUGGACGUAUUGGAAAGCAUAGGAAGCAUCCCGGUGGUCGAGGUAACGCCGGAGGACAGCACCACCACAGAAUCAACUUUGAUAAGUACCACCCUGGUUAUUUUGGAAAGUUGGGAAUGAGGAACUAUCACGCCAGACCCAUCAAGAAGUUCUGCCCUACUUUGAACCUUGACAACCUUUGGAGUUUGGUCAGUGAACAGACAAGACUUCAAUAUAAAGGCCACCCUGACGGAAAGGCCCCAGUUAUCGACUGCGUCCGAGCUGGGUUCUACAAGGUUUUGGGUAAAGGAGUCCUCCCCAGACAACCCGUAAUUGUUAAAGCCAAGUUUUUCUCCAGAAAAGCCGAAGAAAAGAUCAAGGAAGUCGGUGGAGUUUGUGUACUCCAAGCUUAAUUUGAUGUUAUUUGUACGUUUCAUUCAAUAAAGUUUGAAAUCCUAUUUGAACGCUA